CGCACAUUUGAAGUUUGAUGGAUUGCGUUUCGGGAUCGGAUGGUUGCUUCGUCAGCUUCGCAACUUCCUGGGGUAAAAGUCAUCCACCGGAGAAUGUUCUUGAUAAAAGGAAAGGUUCAUUCUGGAUUACCACCGGUCUGUUUCCUCAGAUGUUGGUUAUAUCACUCGAUCAACCAAGGAAAGUCAGCCAAAUCAAGAUCGUUACUAGCAGGGUCAAAGCUCUCUGCGUUGAAACUAGUUCACAUACAGAACCAGAUAAUUUUACAUUGAAGUUCGAAAAAACUUUACCUCAUUCAGAUGGACAACUACAAAUUACAGAACUACCAAUCAACGAUACUCAUUUACAUCAUGUUCGAUUAAAAAUACUUUCUGGUUACAAUCACUUUGUUGCCGUUUAUAAAGUGUUAUUUGAUGGAAAAUAAUAUAGAGAAAACAUCUAUCUCUCUCCCUCUCUUUGUAUGGUUAAGGUUUGUUUGUUGAAUAUUCAGUUUUAUAAUUCAUGAAUUCAACCAUCAUCAUCAACAUCAAUCAUUUUAUUACAUGUACAAAAUCGGAAUGCAUCUCUUUUAAAAUUGACUUGAAACAUCUUUUUCAUUAGGAUCAAUCGUUAAAAUUCAAUAAAUAAAGAACAAUAAUAAACCGUGUAAAAUUUAAAUUAAAGUUUGUGUAAAUCGAAUGGUUUUCUUUUACAUUUAGUCGGUACAAUAUGACUUUGAAUUUCGGAUUGAAAUAACAUUGAGUUUGAUAUUGAUUGUGAUAUAUCUGUAAUAUCAUUAUCGAAAAUUUGAUGUAUAUAUGUACACUUCAUUUGCACGUGUAUCCGAGAUCUGAAAUUUUUACACUUCUUUUACCUGGGAUAGAUACCUUCACAGUGUAAUGUGACAUCGUUUAGUCAUCUUUUAGAUUUACAAGAGUGAAAUUAAUCAUAAACUAAAUAGAGUAUCUAUACCAGUAGGAAAAGAAUCAUUCAGUCAAUUAACGACUUUAGAAUUUUGUAUGCUGUAUUCCUUAAAUAUUGAUCUCAGUUAAGGUAAUGUUGGAAACUAGGAGGCACUAAAUAGCUGUUUUGUCGCAAUAUGAAAUCUCUCAUCUUUACACAUCCUCUUCAUCAGGGAUCGAAACCAGUAUUUUCAUUUCUCACGCUAAACACUUAAACAUUGGAAACACUGAGUCAGCAUUCAAUCACACAGUGUUAACUCCGACCAAUUUAGGUUAUAACACAGUGAUCACCAACCAACACUGAUGACAACUGUCUCUCUCCUGAUGUCUAAAUUCUACCAGUCACAACCACUCACUGGAAAUCUAGGAAAAUCUUGACGUUAAUCACGAGUAACUGGACUGUUAUGGUUUAAUUAAUAGGGUUGUCAAAUGAAAGUUAUGCAUACCGUUGAAAAAGUACUGAAAUUCACUUAUUUGACUAGUAUCAUAAAAUUCAAUACUUUAGUUUGUCG